UCCAGGUCAUUCCGCACGAUGUUGACAUUCGAGCAGCGCGUCGCUUACCUUCGAUGCAAACGACGAGUAGCAAACUGGGUGAGAGGCCACCGACUGAUCGUCUUCUGCCUGGCUGCAGUUCUCGUUCUACUCACAACGCGCUACCUGCUGCACACGCACACACGCGCGACACCCGACGAGAAGCACAUCAAACAGGACAACCAACCGGCAAGAGAUCAAACACAACAGACAAGAGAGCAACAUGUUACAACCAAACCGGAAGUUAAAAAUGGCGGGAGUGAUACCCGCCAACGUGUAGCAACUGAGAAGACCAUCAAAGUGCAGGAUAAGGCUCCCGUUGUUGCAGCUUCAAAGCCAAAGACCCGAGUUGUUGCACCCACAAGUAAGGAAUUUCUGAGCGCCCUGACGUGCAUCAUGAGAUCCGCCAUCGGGUAUGCUGGCGACGACAUCCGGGUUUUAAAACAGACCACAAGUGAGGCUAAGCUUGUCGAUGCUGCAGCGAGGGCUUCACUGACAGCGAUUGCUCGUCGGUUGCGCCGCAUCUGGCCUAAACUCCCUCUCUCCAGCCUCUCGGAUCAUGCAAUCAAUGACGUCAUGAAGGGGGUGACGAAUAAGGACGACACCGGUUGUAAAGUCCCGGGUAUAGAUGUACCACUGAGCGAGUUGGAAAUUGUUAUCAACCCGUUGGAUUCUCAUUACGAGUUGCUACACGACGAUCUACACUAUGUGACGACAUCGGCAUGUGUUCUCUACAGAGGCAAACCGCUGGCGGCCGUCAUCCACCAACCGUUCCUCAAGCGUUCCUUCUACUCGUACAUCGGUCCACACCGUGAGCAGAACCCCAAAGCACCCAUUUUACAAGACAAAGGGAAAGCAAAAAUUUCCAUUGGUAAAGAGCAGUUUGCAAAAGCAAAGUCGAUACUCGGUGACUCCGCCCUACCAAACGUGUUAUCAGGUGGCGUUGAUUAUGCAGCACUGAGUGUUCUCUUCGAUGCUUCGAAACAGACAUUGUCUGCCAGUGAUGCACAAACUCAUUUAAGAUUUCAAAGUGUUCCUCAUCGGUAUGCGUGUGCGGGUGACGUCAUCGUAUCCGGUUAUAGUGGGAGAUAUGGAGGGUUGGUGGGAACGAAUUCGAAACCGGAUUAUCGUAAGAAUCCGAAGGAAGCGACAUUGAAAGGGUUGUGGAUAACACUGAAGACAGCACAGGCGGAUGAAGAGAUUAAGAAGGUGUACAAGGAACUGGAGAAAUUAGUAGAGUGAUUGAUAUCAAUGAAGGGUUAGAUUGUAUUGGAUAUUGUGAUAUCACGUGUUGAGAUUUAUUGUUCGAGAUGUGGUUGGUUUUUAUGAUUAAUCUAUUGGAGAUAUACUGUCUGAUGGUACG